GAUUAUGUAAUCUCCUCUGGGGGUAUAUUAUAAGACAGGUUAGGAAUCUUAAGCCAAUAUUUCGUAAGAUUCCAAAGCUGACGUUGCUUCAGCAAAACAAGAACUUAAAAAAUUCUUUUCUACUCCUCCGAAAACCGUUUACCUAUCAAAAAUGCGCGAGUGCAUCUCUAUCCACGUUGGACAAGCCGGUGUGCAGAUUGGCAACGCUUGUUGGGAGUUGUACUGCCUCGAACACGGAAUUCAGCCCGAUGGCCAGAUGCCGAGCGACAAGACGAUCGGUGGAGGCGAUGACUCCUUCAACACUUUCUUCAGCGAGACCGGUGCUGGAAAACACGUCCCUAGAGCUGUGUUUGUCGACUUAGAGCCAACAGUAGUCGAUGAGGUUCGUACCGGAACCUACCGCCAGCUCUUCCAUCCUGAACAACUGAUCACUGGCAAAGAGGAUGCUGCCAACAAUUACGCUCGUGGACAUUACACCGUUGGGAAGGAAAUCAUUGAUUUAGUUCUGGACAGAAUUAGGAAACUGGCUGAUCAAUGUACUGGUUUACAAGGUUUCCUGAUCUUUCAUUCCUUCGGCGGUGGAACGGGGUCUGGAUUCACCUCACUGCUGAUGGAGCGACUGUCUGUUGACUAUGGCAAGAAGUCUAAAUUGGAGUUUGCCAUUUACCCAGCUCCUCAGGUCUCUACUGCUGUUGUCGAGCCCUACAACUCCAUCCUGACCACCCACACCACCCUAGAGCACUCUGACUGCGCCUUCAUGGUGGACAAUGAGGCCAUCUACGACAUCUGCCGCCGCAACCUGGACAUUGAAAGACCCACCUACACCAACCUGAACCGUCUGAUUGGUCAGAUUGUGUCCUCCAUCACCGCCUCGCUGCGCUUUGAUGGUGCCUUGAACGUGGAUCUCACCGAGUUCCAGACAAACUUGGUGCCGUACCCUCGUAUCCACUUCCCCCUGGCUACAUAUGCCCCAGUCAUCUCUGCUGAAAAGGCCUAUCACGAGCAACUGAGCGUUGCUGAGAUCACCAAUGCCUGCUUUGAGCCUGCCAAUCAGAUGGUGAAGUGUGACCCACGUCACGGCAAGUACAUGGCCUGCUGUAUGCUUUACCGUGGUGAUGUUGUCCCCAAGGAUGUCAAUGCUGCUAUCGCCACCAUCAAGACCAAGAGAACCAUCCAGUUCGUCGACUGGUGUCCCACUGGGUUUAAAGUUGGUAUCAACUACCAACCGCCCACUGUUGUCCCUGGCGGUGACCUGGCCAAGGUGCAGCGUGCCGUGUGCAUGUUAAGCAACACCACAGCUAUCGCCGAGGCCUGGGCUCGUCUGGAUCACAAGUUUGAUCUAAUGUACGCCAAGCGCGCGUUUGUCCACUGGUAUGUGGGUGAGGGUAUGGAGGAAGGAGAGUUCUCCGAGGCUCGUGAGGAUUUGGCAGCCCUUGAGAAGGAUUACGAGGAGGUCGGUGUUGAUAGUGUUGAGGGAGAAGGCGAAGAGGAAGAAGGGGAAGAGUACUAAAUCUUUAAGUUUGUUAAGGAAUGUUUAUGAUACUGCUUUUUUACUCUUUUAAGAAAUGUAAUCUUUAGGUUUGGUUAGGAAAAAUUACAUGUCAAUGAUACUGCUUUUUUACUCUUUUAAGAGAUGAAAUAAUAGAAUACUACAAUCUGUAGAAUAGGCUGUCAUCUAUAAUAAAGUAUUGUGCUUUAUGCCCUUUA